GGCAUUGUUUAGCUAAGGGAACGUAUCACAGAUCUUGUUAGAAAUCAUGCUGAUACAUGUCCCACGAGUCUUCGAUGUUUCAGUAAACAGUAACGCUCAAGUUAAAACUGAAUUGGUUAUUAUUUAGAUGGCAAAUGUAACCGAUGGGUUAGUUAAGUGUACUUUUGUGAGUUUUAUUUGGUUCACGUAAUUGUAUUUAGCCGUCGCAUUGCUCUACGCUAUAAUAAACUUUUUGUUUCUAGUUUGAAAGUGUUGUUGGCAGCUGCGGCGGUGCACUGACCAAGCGAGAGCAGGCUACAGUACGCAGCCUGUGAAUGGCAAGUUUCACCGGCUUGUUGCACGACUCUUUUUGGAGGUUAGCGAAUCGGAGAAUUUUCUAGGAAAGCGAUUAGGCCUCUCUCUACUUUGCUCAUGUAGAAUCAGUAUGUCUCGGAGAAAACAGGCAAAACCUCAGUGUGUACAAAUAGACGCGCAUCGCGUAUCUUCUGAACACUUCGACUACAAUGUAAAAGAUAUCAACUCUCCACUAUGUGAUGUCCAUGUUUGUGAAAGAUGCUGCGCUGAGUUCUUUAACCUACAAGAUCUCCAAGAGCAUCAAAUGAAUUGCUCAAAGAAUCCAUUAGUUCUAAUAGUGAGUGAAAAUGGAAGUCCAGCCUCCCCCGUUUUGUCUUUCACAUUCAGCUCACCUCCUCACAAUGCAGAGGAGCCGAUGAAUGACAGCACGAGUAAUGAAGAUUCUGAAGGAUUACAUGACUUUUCAAAGGAUAAAACCCUAGAGGCGAACAAAGAAUCCACACUCAUGUCUGAGGCAAACGGUUGUGACAAUGGCGUUCGUUCUCGAUCCGAUAAUGAAAAUUGCGCGGGAAAUGGAAGGACAAGCACACUCGGUGCAGCGUUUUCAUCUGUCCUGCCUCAGGCUGAUUCUCCACCUGAACUGGGUACCGUGACAUCCACCAGCAGUAAUGUCUUUAUUGAAAACUUAGAGAGCACAAAUGUAGCUAUAGCUCAGUUGUUCCAGGAGGUCGGUGUAAAUGCAGAGGUUAGCAGCAGUAGUCCUAGCAGCUGCACUGUGGCCUUACCUGGCCUGAUUGAGCAGCUCAUAACUCUGCAGCAACAGCAGGUGCAGCAAUUAAAACUCAUUGAGCAAAUUCAGCACCAGAUAUUAUUGUUAGCAGCUCAGAGUACAGGGACCUCAGCAUCCUCCAGCAUCUGCCAGAUUGCAUCAGGAAUUCCUCAAACCAGCCCGCUAAUAAAACUCUCCCAGCAGCUAGCAGCAGCCGCAGGGUUAGCGGAAAGCCUUGCGAGUCAGUCUGCCAGGAUUAGCAAUGUUAAACAACUUAAGCAUGCUGUCUUAUCUAGCAACCGUGAUAGCACAGACAUGUUAAGUGGCAGAGACAUUUCUCAAAUGACAGACCCAGAUAGAAGCAAACUUUUAAUAUCAAAACUUGGAACAUAUCCACCUGAAAACCAAUGUACACCAGAUAGCACACUCUAUAGGCAGGGUGGUACAACUAAUUCCCCUUCCCAUGCCUUAGCAAAUGAUAGUGCACCAAAUUCAGUAAAUAAACUCAGUCUACCUCACGCUCCUACUGGAAAUCACAUCUUUGCAAACACAUUGCCAAGCAUUGGAGAAAUUGUAGAGGAUUUGAAUGCCUUGACUGCUUUAGCUCAGCAAAGGAAAGGCAAAUUGCGCAGUGUGACUUCAUUUGAAUACAAGAGGCAUUUUGAUGAAGGUUUCUUUAAGCACAAAUGCAGAUUUUGUGCCAAAGUAUUUGGAAGUGACAGUGCUUUGCAGAUACAUCUGCGCUCCCAUACAGGGGAAAGACCAUACAAAUGCAACAUAUGUGGAAAUCGAUUUUCAACUCGUGGAAAUCUCAAAGUUCACUUCCAGCGCCAUAAAGAGAAAUAUCCAAACAUACAAAUGAACCCAUACCCAGUUCCAGAGCACUUGGAUAAUGUUUCAACAAGUACAGGGAUACCAUAUGGUAUGUCCAUGCCACCAAAUAAACCUACCUCCAACUGGCUAGACAGCAAACCAUCUGUAACCAGCUUACCUGGCUUGUUGUUACCUUCAUCUUUGCCAAGUCUUCCAAACAUAAUCAAAACAGAGGAGCAAAUGGUAUUGAUUGACAGACCUACUAGUCCUGAUUUGAAUGGAUUUGAGACAUUUGAAAGAAGAAAUAAAAAUACAGAGGAAUUCAGCAGUAAGCGUUUUCUAACAAUUGAAAAAAGCAUUCCUAUGUCUAUGAACACGUCGAUAGAUGAUUUGUCAAUAGAGGAAAGCCACACUUCUGUUGAAAGUGCCUCUACCCAUGUAAAUUCGUUGAUUCCACUACUAUCAGAGGAUUUUAAACCAAUGUUUCCAUUUGGUGGUCUUCCAGAUUGCAUGGAAACCCCAGAAACCACCAAGCUACAGAAACUGGUAGAGAACAUAGACAGGAAGUGCAUAGGAAGUGACUCGAAUGAGUGUAUGGUGUGUCACCGUGUACUUAGCUGCCAGAGUGCUCUUAAAAUGCACUAUCGUACACAUACUGGUGAGAGGCCAUUCAAGUGUAGACUAUGUGGACGUACCUUUACAACCAAAGGCAACCUUAAAACACACUACAGUAUUCAUCGUGCCAUACCACCCUUAAGGGUGCAGCAUUCAUGCCCCAUAUGUCAAGCCAAGUUCACCAAUGCCAUGGUCUUACAACAGCACAUACGCAUGCACAUGAUUGGGCACAUUUCCAAUGUGGCCUUCCCCGAAAGUUACCAAGAGACCAUCAGCCAUGACAUAUUCUCUGGAGGGAAGAACCUGGAUGAUCAAGGAAGCCUCUUGCAUGAGAACAUGGAAAUAACUGAGGACGUAUCUUUCUCUAAAGCUUCAGCAUCUCCCCUGGAGAGCCUUUGUUCAUCUCCUACUUCAGCACACGCUAUAAAGAUGGAUGGGUCAGAGAAUCAGUUAAAGGUUUUGCAAGAGAAUGAAUUAUUAAAUGAUAGGUUGGAGAAUGGGGCAAAAUCAUCUUCUGUUGAUGAUUGCUUGAGCCAGAGGCUUAGAAGUCCUGUUUUGUCUGAAGUUACAUCCCCUGGUGACUCUUUCUCUCCACAGGGGUCUGCAAUGGAGAAUGAUAGAUCCCUUAUAUAUGAGACACACCAUAGUUCUAUAGACCUGACUAACACAGGCCUUUUGCAGUCAAAUUCCACAGGUGCCAACUCAAUUGAUUCAAUGCCUACAGAUAUACUAAAAGAUGGAAUAACCAUGACAUCUGCUUCCCAUGACCAGGGACCUCCUAAGAGCAAUGCAUGUGAUAUUUGCACCAAGACAUUUGCCUGCCAGAGUGCCUUGGACAUUCAUUAUCGCAGUCAUACCAAAGAGCGACCAUUCAUAUGCACUGUGUGUAACAGGGCAUUUUCCACUAAAGGCAACUUAAAACAGCACAAGCUCACACACCAGAUGCGAAACCUACCUUCACAGCUGUUUGAGCAAGCAAACCAGAAUCAUAUUUCUAAACCAAACCCACCUCAUUCGUCCAUGGGCCACUUAAUUGCCUCAAAAUUAAAAUUGGAAGUCGGCAGUAUUUUGAACAGAGAUGGAAAUGAUUCAGUAGUAGACAUUGUGGCCUGCUCGUCUGCCUCGCUACCAGUUCUUACAGCGCCACCAGCAACACCACGGCGAACUCCCAAACAGCAUUUCUGCCGCACCUGUGGGAAAACCUUCUCCUCCUCCAGUGCCUUGCAGAUUCAUGAGAGAACCCACACUGGAGAGAAACCUUUUGCAUGCAAUAUUUGUGGACGUGCAUUUACCACCAAAGGAAAUCUGAAGGUUCAUAUGGGAACCCAUAUGUGGAACUGUUCUCCAGCCCGACGAGGUCGCAGGCUGUCUAUGAGUGAUCCUUUGAAAUUCCUUAAAUCCAAUCCUGUGGAAGUUCCAGAGACUCUCCCAAAAGAUAGCAUAAAUGGAGUCAGCAAUGAGGAGUCCAUCAAUGUCUGGAACCAAUAUGCAACAACUGCUUUCACUAAUGAGUUGGAAAUGAAAACCAAUGAAAUCUCUGUGAUUCAAAAUGGAGGCAUACAACACCUGUCAGUUUCUAUUGGAAAUGAAGGAAGCCCAUCUAUUGACAGACAGCAAAUCUAGAAAAACUUCAUAAUGUAAACAUUAAAAGAACUCUACCUUGGCUUGAGAGACUGGAUGAGAACAGGAUAAGUUUUCACCU